GUUCCGCCGGUUUCGUCACUUCCGCUGACACCGACUUGCAUCAUUUCUCGUGUGUCUUGUCAACCAGAAGUGGACAGCAUACACCAUCAUGGUGGAGCCGGUGCCCGAGUCCAUCAACUUUCCCUCGCAAGAGGAAAAGAUUCUGCAGCUGUGGAAAGACAAGGACUGUUUUUACGAGUGCCUCAAACAAUCUAAGAACAGGCCCAGGUACACCUUUUAUGACGGCCCACCCUUUGCCACCGGUCUACCCCACUACGGUCACAUCCUAGCGGGUACCAUCAAAGACAUUGUCACCCGCUUUGCCCACCAGAGUGGCUUCCAUGUGGACAGACGCUUCGGCUGGGAUUGCCACGGCCUGCCUGUGGAGUAUGAGAUUGAUAAGACUUUGGGAAUCACGGGCCCUGACGACGUCGCCAAGAUGGGCAUCGCCGAGUACAAUAAGCAGUGUCGAAAUAUCGUCAUGAGAUACUCUAAUGAGUGGGAGAUCUCAGUCAAUCGAAUGGGCAGAUGGAUCGACUUCAAAAACGACUACAAAACUCUCUACCCAUGGUUCAUGGAGACCGUCUGGUGGGUGUUCAAGCAGCUGUACGACAAAGGUCUGGUGUAUCGUGGUGUCAAGGUCAUGCCUUUUUCCACUGCGUGCAACACACCACUCUCCAACUUUGAAUCGCACCAGAACUACAAGGAUGUUCAAGAUCCAUCAGUCAUCGUCAAUUUCCCGCUGCUCGAUGAUGAAAAUGUCUCUCUUAUUGCGUGGACCACCACCCCGUGGACACUGCCCAGCAACCUGGCCCUGUGUGUCAACCCUGAAAUGACUUAUGUCAAGGUCCAAGAUAACACCACUAACAAGACGUUCAUCAUGAUGGAAGCCCGUCUGGGUGCGCUGUUUAAGUUGGAGAGCGAGUACACUCUCCUGGACAAAUUUCCUGGCAAAAUGCUGAGUGGAAAAAAGUACAAGCCUCUUUUCAAUUACUUUGCCAAGUGCGGCGAGAAAGGAGCAUUCCAGGUGGUGACGGAUAACUAUGUCAAGGAGGAAGAGGGCACAGGAGUGGUCCAUCAGGCACCUUACUUUGGAGCUGACGAUUACCGGGUGUGCACUGAAUACAGCAUCAUUCAGAGGGACCAGGCUCCGAUCUGCCCCGUGGAUGCCUCCGGCUGCUUCACUUCAGAGGUCACCGAUUUUGCGGGACAGUACGUCAAAGAUGCCGACAAGAACAUCAUCAAGUUGCUGAAGGAGAAGGGUCGCCUUGUCAACUCCAGUUCUUUCAAACAUAGCUACCCGUUCUGCUGGAGAUCAGACACCCCCUUGAUCUACAAAGCUGUGCCCAGUUGGUUUGUCCGUGUGGAGCACAUGGUGCAGAAGCUUCUGGACAACAAUGGACAAUGUUACUGGGUUCCCGAUUUUGUGCGCGAGAAGCGCUUCGGCAACUGGCUGAGAGAUGCGCGCGACUGGGCCAUUUCCAGGAACCGAUACUGGGGCACGCCGAUCCCCAUGUGGGUCAGCGACGACUAUGAGGAGGUGGUGUGUGUCGGCUCCAUUGCCGAACUGGAGGAACUUACCGGAACCAAAGUAACCGACCUGCAUCGGGAGAGCAUUGACCAUCUGACCAUCCCCUCGCGCUGUGGCAAAGGUGCCCUGCGCAGGAUCACUGAGGUGUUCGACUGCUGGUUUGAGAGUGGCAGCAUGCCCUACGCCCAGGUCCACUACCCCUUCGAAAACAGGAAGGAAUUUGAGGACACGUUCCCAGCGGACUUCAUUGCUGAGGGCAUCGACCAGACCAGAGGGUGGUUCUACACCCUACUGGUGCUCUCGACAGCCUUGUUUGGUAAACCACCCUUCAAGAAUGUCAUUGUGAAUGGCUUGGUACUUGCUAGCGAUGGACAGAAGAUGAGCAAGCGCAAGAAGAACUACCCGGAUCCGAACCUCAUAGUGCAGAGCUAUGGCGCCGAUGCCCUCAGACUGUAUCUCAUCAACUCCCCUGUGGUGAGAGCGGAAAACCUGCGUUUCAAAGAAGAGGGCGUUCGAGAUGUGUUGAAGGAUGUCUUCCUGCCGUGGUACAAUGCCUAUCGCUUCUUGGUGCAGAAUGUGCAAAGGUUACAGAAGGAGGACGGCAUUGAGUUCCUGUAUAACGAGAACACCGUGAAGCAGAGUGACAACAUCAUGGACAAAUGGAUCCAGUCGUUCACGCAGUCCCUCAUCCAGUUCUUUAAGGCCGAAAUGGAUGGGUACCGCCUGUACACCGUGGUGCCUCGCCUGGUCAAGUUUGUGGACAUGCUCACCAACUGGUACGUCCGUACCAACAGACGCCGUCUGAAGGGCGAGAGUGGUACAGAGGACUGUCUGUGGGCGCUGGAAACCCUCUUCAGUGUUCUCUUCUCCAUGUGCAGGCUGAUGGCUCCAUUCACACCCUUCAUCACCGAGAUGAUGUACCAAAACCUGCGUAACCUCGUCGACCUCGCCGCUCUGGAGGAGAAGGACACCGGCAGCAUCCAUUAUCUCAUGCUUCCCCAACUCAGGGAAAAUUUGAUUGACAAGCGCAUCGAGAACGCCGUCUCUCAGAUGCAGUCGGUGAUCGAGCUGGGGCGGGUCAUCCGUGACAGAAAGACCCUGCCAGUGAAGUAUCCUCUGAAGGAGGUGGUCGUCAUUCAUCAGGAUCCGGAGGCUCUGAAAGACAUCCAGUCUCUCCAGAAAUAUAUCCUGGAAGAGCUCAAUGUACGCCAGCUGACAAUCUCGACGGACAAAGACAAGUAUGGCAUCCGACUGCGGGCCGAGCCGGACCACAUGGUGCUGGGCAAGAGGCUGAAGGGGGCGUUCAAAGCCAUCACCGCCGCCAUCAAGGAGCUCAGCAGCGAACAGCUCGAGACAUUCCAGCAGAAAGGUUCCAUCAUGGUGGACGGGCACGAGCUCCACGAGGAGGAUCUGAGGCUGAUGUACACAUUCAAUCAGAGCUCUGACUCAGCUGCACAGUAUGAAGCGCAUUCGGACUCACAGGUGCUGGUGCUGUUGGAUGUCUCUCCGGACCAGUCCAUGGUGGAUGAAGGUGUGGCCAGAGAGGUCAUCAACCGCAUUCAGAAACUACGCAAGAAGGGCCAUUUGGUGCCAUCGGAUGAGAUCACAGUGUACUACCGCUGUCAGCCAGAUGGGGAGUACUUGGGUUCGGUGAUCCAGGCUCACACGGAUUUCAUCCUGGCGACAACGAAGGCGCCACUCCUGCCUUACCCGGUUCCAAAGGGUGCCGGUGUUAUCAUCCAGGAGAUGACGCAGCUGAAGGGCUCCGACUUGGAGCUAACGAUUGUAAAGGGAUCGUCAACCCCACGGGCCGCUUUAAGCGGUCCAGCAUGUGCUUACGUCAACCUCCGAGUGAAACUCAAUGGCAAAGAACAAGACGGGGUGGUGCUUCUGGAGAAUCCGAAAGGCGAUAAUGGGCUGGACGUGGACAAGUUGAAAAUAGUGUGCGGCAGCAUCUUCGAGACCAAUAACGUCACGCUCAAACUCUUUCACGAAGGCAAAGAAUUGUCGAGUAAAGCAGACUUGCGAGCACUGAGUGGUAAAACCUUGUCGGUGGCAACAGACGCGGCUUCCCUCGGGCCCGCCUCCUCCGGCAGCGCCCUCGUGUGUCCUUACGUGAACCUGAUACUCUGUGACGCACAACCCGCCGAGUGUACAACGGGACAAGUGGGAACCCUGCUGCUGGUCAACCCAGUGGCCCGGAACGGACUUGACUACUCCAGCCUGAUGUCGGAGGCCGCCAAGGUGUUCGGCCUCCGUGGCAGGCGGCUCAGACUCUACCUGGACCAGGACCUCAGCCAGGAACUACCGGCUGAUUCUGCAGUCAAAUCUCUGGACACCAAAACUCUGUUUGUGCGAGUUCUUCCCACCACAGCGGAAUCAUAGAACUCUGAGAGAAAAAACACACCUCAAGACUUGUCAUCACUGUUACAGCACAACUUCCAACAAUUAUAUUAUUAUUUUUUUUAAACCUCCUUUACGAUCACUACUUGGAAUCAUGCAACUUUGGAUGCCCCAGAAGCACACCAAAUUAGUUAAUCAUGCGCUUCAUUCCCAUUCAGUGUAUCAAAACUUGCAAGGUGUUUCUCUUUGAAACUCAUUUGAGGUAAGCAAAAAGGGGUCCAGAGUCAUUACGGCUAUGGCAGUUAAUUGGGCAAACCAAUUUGCCUUAUUGUGGCCACACGCCAUUUAAGACUUGAACAGAUAAAACUUUCAGUGCUUUGUGAGCCUUCAUUUCGAAAGUUGAAAUGAAAUUUUCGGGCGGCUGAGCUUUCGGGUCGACCUAUGGAAAAAUGCUGUCAAAUGGAAUAAAUCAAUGGUGAUGGAAAAU